AUGAUGUUUUAGUACCUCUGAUGGAUAAAGUAUUUUAUGUUAAGUGAGGGAGAAAUCUUAUAAAGUGUACAAUAUGCGCAAUGCACUCGUUAAAGUUCUCUUUGAGUGUUGAAAACGUGUAAACAGUGCUUCAGUUCGUAAUGUUUCGUCGUGUUCAAGCGCAAGGAAAUUCGCUUCUGAUACGUUAUCUGCGUAAUAUCAUAAUUUUCUUUUCACCGCAAGCUGCUUCAGAAUCACCAUCCCUAAAUUUAGAAGCCAAUUUCCACCCCAAAAAUGCUCUCCAUUUUCUCGUUCUCGGGUUCUCGUGCAUUUUCUGCUGCGCAGCUGUCAAAACCCUCGUCCGUCACAAUUUUGACACCGCGAUGCUGUCAAACGAAAAAUUUGUGCGAGAAAAAGAAUCCGAAGCGAGAGUAGGGGGAACAAAAAACACGCAGAAAAGUGAAGGUGUUCUGCAGCGAAGCGAGUGUGUGUGCACAUAUCGCUGGGUAAAAAUUUGCAUUUUCUACUGCGUGCUGCGGUUCGGUUUUUGUUGCCAGUAAGUUUCAUCGGAACGGUGCGUAAAGUGCGAAUGUGUUUUGUGUGUUGGUCGUGCUGAAUGAUGGAGAAGUGCGUGCGUUUUACGAUCAAUUGUGAAUUCGUGUUGCUGGAUGUGUGUGACAAAGGGAAGCGGGAGCGCGUCGGUAGCGCUUGCACAUUAUGGUGGCUUUGGCGAGCGUACACACAGGGAGGGAGCAAAGGUUUUUUUUUUUGUAGGGCGACUUUUCUGACGACGUAUGUUAGAAUGCUCGGUGGAGGGAUGGAAUAAUUUGUGAAAGAUUUACGAUUUUUUUGCGUCUUCCCGAAAUUAAACGCCCCUUGAAGAUGGUGUGAAAAGAUUGCCCAAAGAAGGAAAAAAUUGCUUCAAUGUAGAAGAGAGUAAAGAAAAGGAAGAAAUCGGUCGAAAGGGGCAUCCAGCGCCUUGUGUGUGUGUGUGUGUGUAGGGGGGAUGGAGGAAACGGGUGCAAAACGGAUCGAUGCGCGUGCCAGCAGCAGAGGGUAGAGAAAAGGGCCUAGGGAGGAGGCAGGGUGCGUAGGAUCUUGGAGGAGGGCAAUCGUCAAAUUAGCAAAGCCCGCGCCCCGUCCUCUAAUUAUUGUCGUAAAGCAAUAAAGCGUCGUAAAUCUGUUCGCUCGAAGUUAAGGACAUUCCAUGUUGCUUUUGGAAAAUCAAUUGGCGGCUAGUAAUGUUUUUAGAGGCACUGCUAGUAAUGGGAAGGAAAAGAAAAAGAAACACGCAGAAGAAUGAGAACGAGAGAGAGAGAGCGAGAAAGGAAUCGUGGAGAACGAGCGGGAGCGUGCGCGCGCGCGAAAGAGAGCAGAAUAGUGUGUGUGCGUGUGUUUUUUUCUGAGAGUGUAUUGGUAUGUGAAGGCAGCCGUGGUGAGAAAAAAAAGUAAGGGCAGUUGUAUUGUAGUGUGCGUGUAGGUACGCGUGUUUUGUUAGCGGAAAAUGUGGCAGUUGAGAUAGAACAUUCGUCUCUCUCUGUUCCCUGCAUGGGGAUAGGAUACGCGUUGUUGCUGUGUGUGUAUGCGUUCGAUUUGGAACAAUAGGUUUUCCUGCUUGUGCUCUCGUUCGCUCGCUCUCUCUCUAUGCUGAAGGCGUUUUUGGGAGUUAUGUGUGUUAGCUUAAGUGUUUAUUUUUAUUAUUAUUUUUUAGUACAACACCUUUAAAAAAAGGUAGUUUUUGUAUUGUAAAAUACAUUUCAUAUUAUAAUGUUAUUGUGCGAAAUGCUUCAAAUGUUUGUAGCAUUGUAAAACAAAAAGGGAUUAUUAGAGAGAGGUAGAGCGAAAGUAAGAGCGAGCUAGCGUUAUUUAGCGUUUUGUGUAGUGGUGUGCUACGAUGACGACGUGUUCACGCUCGUCGCGCAACGUUAUGCCAUCAUCACAGACAGUCGCUAAGGUUGUGUGUGUGUGUGUGCGUGUGUGUGUGAGGGAACGCGUCGCCCGUUAGCCAGUGCGUCAGUGUGUGCAAUUUGUUUCCCACCGUUUCGAAGUGUGUGCGCGUGUUUUCAUUCUCGUGCGCGCUCUCUCCGGAUGGUGGAAAGAAGAAAUAAUUGAAAAGUUUCAUUCGUUUGUUGUUGUUCUCUUGUUCUUGCUGGUGCCAUGCACAGGUCUCGUUAUAGUGUGAACGCAGGGGGAGGAAAGCGGAGAGCAGCGGAAGCAAGCGAAGUGGUGGAAUAAAUUGUUUGAAACAAAAGAAAAGAAAGCGUCGUGUACAAGCGCGAGCAAAAGCCAGCAGAAGCAGCAGCAACUAAUGCGAGAAAAGAAUAGAAGAAAGUGAAUGAUUUGAGCAUGUGUGUGUGUGUGUAAGUGGCAGUGGAUGAAAAGUGGCAGAAUUCUUCUCUGCUCGAUAAGGAAAUUGAACUAAAAUUUGUGAAAAGCGCUCCAAGUUGUGGGAAGAGAGAAAGAGGUUCCCUUGCGGUCACUGCGGAAGAUUGGUUCAAGAUUUGCCGGAAACGAAUUCACCCAAAACCAGUGUUUAGCAAUGUGUGUCCUCUCUGUGUGCACCGUCAUGAAACGGUAGAGCGAGAGUGAGUGUGUGUGUGCGAGAAAACAAAAGGAAGAGGAGCGUGGGGUCCCCCCAAACACAAGCGCUUUCAAUUGUUCAGUAGCGGCGGCAAUAGAAAAAGAAAAAAAACAGUGGGAGCGCACUCGCGCCUGUGUGUGUGUGUGUCGAUGGCGGCGAUUCCGCGGCUCAUUUCCGCGUUCUAGUUUGGGGGUUUUCUUUCCCCACACUCGCCCGCGCCACCCACUGGUGAAAAACAAAGUCACGGCAAAGCCCAACCCAAAGGCAGCACCGCCGUGUAGCACAUACCCGUUUGGAGCAGACGCCCACCUGGAAGGGAGCGGAGUGGAGUGAUCGUUUGCCUGUGUGUGUGUGCUGUGCUGUGCUGUGUGGCCUGGAGCAGGAGGACACCUUCCCCUCCACCCGCCUGCUGCACAAUUUUCUUUCUUUUCUGUCGGUCCCGUCUCCAACGCGAAACAGCACUGGGCAAAUGUUCUGCGGUCGCCGUCGACGGUGUCUCACUACUACCACCAACAUCAUCAUCACCACUACCACCACCACCAAGAUUGCUACUUCGCUGAAAAGUGCAUCCCACAAUGGAAUGCGAUGUGUCGCCCGUUCCAUCGGUACAGGCGAACCGUACGGCGAAGCAGCAGCCCCAACACAUUGCCACGGCGACGGUGCUAGUAACGGCUGGACCGGUAGCAGCAAAAAGCAGCGCCACUAACAAUGGCAGCAGUAGUAACAGCAGCAGCAGCAGUAGUACCGCAUCGUCAGCUACUCUCAUCACCCCCAGCACCACCACUACCAGUACGGGUACAGCGGCGGGGAGCAGUGACACAGUCGCCUCCACUGUCGAUGAAGCGAUGGCAGAAGAGCCCUCCGCCAUGGAACCGACGACGACGAUGGCGACGGCGCCGGCGACGACGGUGGAAGACGACGAUGACGCGACACCUUCCUCAUCGAUGGCGGCGGGUGUCGGGGCGCCGGAAGGUGGCGACUCGAGCGUCAAGCAAAGUAUCAGCAGCAAUAACAGUAACAAUAAUAGCAGCAACAAAAGCCUCAACAUUGCCGGCAGUGAGACGGCGGGCGGCGGGCCGCUACUCCUUCCCCCGGAUCCGGUGGCGGUGAUCGAAAUCAGCGACCAGAGUAUGGCGGACGACAUCAGCUACCCGGAGCUGGUGUCGUGCGUCGACACGGAAACGGCCUGCGUGGUGCUGUCGGACGAGUACGAUUCGUCGCUUCCGCUGCGCGAAGACGAUCCGCUGAACGUGUCCGUCGGUUCGAUCGACAUGAUGUUACCCUCUUCGCCACAGUGCAGCACGCCGGUGUUUGCUGGGGCGGAGUUGAGUUCCCCCCGGCAGGGGAGGAUAGGGAUGCCGGUAGGCAAUGCGAGUGUCAGUACCAGCACUACAGGCACCGCCAGUACCACCAGCACCCCGAAGCACAAUCAUCAUCUGCGGCGGAAUCUUCCGAGGCUGGCGACGAGCCGGCAGCAGCAGCAGCAGGCGAACGCCGUCAAGCAGCUGCCCCAAUCCGGCCCGGGCAGUCGGGGCGGUGUGGCGACGGAAAAGCGACAGCUACGGCAGGCGGCAGCGCAGGACGCGGGCCGUAACAGUGGCGGUGCGGCAUCGACGAUGCGCGAGGUGCUCGCCUCGAUACCGGGGUUCAGCAUCAAGCCGCGAAGGCGCACGAACAAAAAGCUGUCGACCGCUGCCCAGCUCGAGCAGACGCGCGAGGGCUGCGUGGAUCUGGAGACGCCCGACUCGAUACUGGUGCACACGAACCUGCGCGCCCUGCUAAACCGGGACACGUUUCAGCUCCUUCCGCCGCUGUACCAGUACAAGCUGGUGCAGCUGCUACCGCCGGUCGACCGGCCACCACUGCCGGAGGCGACGCAGUGCGAGCAGAACGGCAUCCGGCUGAACCCGUCCGGGCUGAACAACGAGUUCUUUGCGCGCGCCUGCCACGAGUGGCGCGACCGGCUGGCGGAGGGCGAGUUUACGCCCGAGGCACAGCUGAAGAUGCGCUCGGAGGCGGAGCGCGAGAAGAGCAAGCUCGAUCCGUGGAAGCUGAAACACUUCGAACCGAUGUGGGGCGACCGCAAGUACGCCGGGUCGUUCUUUGGGGCGGCAGGCACGGUGGCUAAUCCAACGCCACCGACUCCACCACCACCACCGGAGCCGGCGAUAGCCGUCCCACCAGCGAUGGCUGUCUCCGUCGCACCGGUCGUUCUGUCGCCCGCGCUACAAUCAUCACCGGCAGUGCAGGUGGUUGCACCCGCGACACAAUCCAUUCCGGCGGCGGCACAGACUCCGCUAAUCGGUGCGGGUAGUAGAAGUAGCAGUAGUAGCAGCACCCUACCGCCGUCCGUUUCUAUCCUCCCGGUGUCGAAGGGAGUGGUCAGUGGGCAUGCUACGAUCGUGAACGUCGUGGGCAGGCAAACGGCUCAACCUCCAACGGUAGCGAUUGCACCGCAACUAACGCCCCGGGUGCAUCCCGUCACGGCCAAGAUCGAUCCGAGUGCGCGAUCGCUGUCCAAGAUGCAGCCGAUCACAUUCUCCACGGCAGCGAGCGUUGUUAGGCCGACGAACGCGACCAGCGGUACGUGCAGCAGCAUUAGCAGUAACACAAUCAUCACAUCCUCCACCGGCACCAUCAUUCUACCCUCGCGGACGACAAUAACAGUCACUUCCGGCAGCGCGUCUAAAGGCAGCGGUAGUGGCGGCAGCAUUCCAAGAGGUGGAAGCACCGGCAGUGGAGGUUCAGCCACCGGAGCGAGCGGGCUCUCGGUGGUUCCGAUCAAUGUCCUUACGUGCAGUAGCAGUAGUAGCGGCAGCAGUAGUAGUAGUAGUAGCAGUAACACUGUAAAUACAGCCCGACCCGCACUAAAGACAACGAUAAAGUUGCGUCCCACGACGGCCAUCGCCACGAGCACAACGGCGGCGGCGGCCGCGGCACCAACAGCUGGCAAGGAAAGCAAACACAACCAUCCACCGUACUCCGUCGUCGGUUCAGCGCCGAACGCUUCGUCGGUCAUGGUCGGAGGGGCAGGCGGCACUAAGCGCCUGCUGCCCACGGCUAUGAGCGUUAGCAGUAGCAGCGGCAGUACCACAAUCAGUAGUAGCACCAAUGCCGUGAAUCUGGCUGGAGCGUCAUCCACCAUGAAGCCGCAAAGCAACAGUCCCGCCGGCUCAUCCUUGCCGAUGUCUCCGAAGCGGCUGCGAACGGUCGGUGCCGUGACACGGUCGGCGUUGGCCGGGACGGGCACACAGCAGCUGCCGCCAGCGCAGCACAAUCCUCUCCCAACAACCACCACGGGUAUGGCGGCUGCCGGGUCGACCAUUACGCUCGGUUCUCGGCCGGUCGUCGUGAAGGUGGUUGAACCGUACCGUCCGUCUGCGAUGGUGCGUGCGGUGCCGGUUGAACCGGUGAUCGCUAGCGGAGGAGCAAGCUCAAACCUAAAGCGAACCCACAGCAGCAGCAGCAGCAAUCGUGCGUUGACGCCCGAGCUAAGCAGCAGUAAGAUGACGAAGCGGAAAACGGACGAUGAGGGUGGUGGUUUGCAGCAGCAGAUCAACAGUAGCACCGGAAGCUUUACCGCCGGCAGCUUGUUGCAGCACGGCAAUCCGCGUCGAAUGGUGGCUGUCGUGACGGCGAGCAGCGCCAUGGCGGACGGUAGCAACAUCAGCAGUAGCAGCAGUAGCAGUAGUAACAGCAGCAGUAAUGCUGCAAUGUAUAUAAGCAGUAAUAAUAGUAGUAUGAAUCGCCUUAUCACCGCCACCAGCAGCACAACUAUGCCGGCCACUUCCACUGACGGCGUAAGGAGUAGCAGCAGCAGCAGCAGCGGCAAGAGAAGCACCAGCAGUAGCACUGUCGGUGGCAAUAGCAAUAGCAAUAGUAGUAGGAUAAAUGUUAGCUGUAGUAGCACCAUUAACUCGGAGGGAUUAGUAAUGAUCAACCCGACCUCCAUUUCCACCACAACCACGGCCGGGCCCGGGAUCUUGCUACAGGCCGGUGCGAAGGCUCGAAGACAAGUAGAAUGUGAUACGCCAACGGUGGCCUCGAUGGCGACCGCACCGAUCGAUCAACGGCGAAUGGUGCUGAUUGAGGGCGGCGCGAGUGAGAAGCGCCGCCGAGGGCUACUAACCGAACCGCCGGUGGCGACCGUCAUCGGCUCGGCCAAGCGAAGAGCACCGCGGCAAGGCAACCGUGCGAACAGAGGCCGACACAGCGAGGGGCUGCUAGCUGCUCGGGGGACAACAGCUCCACCGACCACAACGAUCACGAUAGUGGACGAUGAGGAGGCGGAUGGCGGCAGCGUUGGUUCCCCUUCGCUGCUGAUCGGUCGCUCAGAGCCGGAAGGAGAGGAAAGCCACGAGGUGGACGAGAGUGACGAGAAUCGCGAGGUGCUACGAAGACGCAUCGUAGGACCGAUGGUAAAUGGGGACUUCGGUGAGGGAGCUCGAAUAGGACGCGCUGGCGCUGCUUCCUCACCGCCGCUCGUUCCCUCUUCGGACAUCAUUCUCGAGGAAGCGAUCGACUGUGGAGAUGUUGGCGAUGGUGGCGGAAUGCCGGGCAGUACCCGGCAUAUUGGUGGGGGACGGUUGAAAAGAUCGGAUCAUGGCGGCGAAGAGCUAGUGGAGACGAACACCACCUCACCGAUCUUGCAGGAAACGAUCGAGCAGGCGAAUCGCGAGCGGUUGAUCGAUAUGAAUCAUCUCGCCUCGCUCAACGCUAGCGGUGCCGGCGGCACGACCCAGAUGAUUUACGAUCAAAACACGGGCCAGGUGUACAGUGUGAUGUGCUUACCGCAGCCGACAAAUUCUGCACUCGGAGGUAGUGCACUAAAUCUUCGCUCCCUGCCCUCCUCGUUGACUGUAACGGCUUUACCGCAGCAGCAACAACAGCAGCAGCCACACCAUCCAUCUCAGCAACCGCAACUGUCCAUUUCGAACGACAGCAGUAAUAGUAGCAGCGUCUCGACCACCGCCAUGAUGGCAGCGAGUGACAAUCAUCUGGAUGGCGGCGGAGGUGCAGGAGGGCCGGGAACGACAGCCACCUCCGUUACGGGCAUCAGUACGUUCGAGAACGUACUGCGCCACCACGUGGGGCAGGGUGGAAAUGUCGACUCUGACCUGCUGAUCGUUAAUCCGAGCAAUAUGAUGUCCAAUGUCGAGUUGAAAGUGUCAGAAGAGCUGGAUGACGUUGGUGCAGUGAUGGCGGCAAGGGGAGACAUCGGACGGACUGAAGGGGACGACGAGGAGGAAGACGAGGAAGAAGAGGACGAUGAAGGUGAUGGGGAGCUGGUUCACACCACCACCACAACCACGAACACUGCCGACGAAGAGGAAGAAGAGGACGAGGAGGAGGAGGAAGAGGAUGUGGACGAAGUGGAGGAAGUAGAGGGUGAGGUGGAGGAGCAGGACGAGGAGGAGGAUCCGGAUGCGAUGAUGCUCCGGCAAGGGUUGCAGCAAAUGCACGGAGGCUUGGAGGAGAGUUACGAGGAUGAGGAAAACAACGCUCCCACCGGGUGUUUCAAUGGUGAACUGAUUAGGACCAGCACCAGCACCACCACUACCGGCAAUAAGUUAAGUAGUUACGGUCAACCGAAUCUUCAACAUCUGCACCUGCAGCAACAGCAGCAGCAGCAGCAGCAGCAUACCAAUAAUCAUCUUCAUGCGUCGCACCAUCGGCAGGCAGCGAUGGCUGCUGGUGUCAUGAACAUGACCAUGAAUCUGACGGGCUUUCAUCACGACCACGAGCUGCUGCAUCAGCAGCAACAGCAGCAGUUGCAGCAGUUGCGAAAUGCGACAGCCGGCACCAUCACCAGCUCACCUUCAGCUUCGUCGGAGCAGGGGCUGAUGAUGAUGGUGACGACGAGUGCGGGCGAUGAAGCUGGUGACGGUGGUCCAUCCUCAAACAGCGGCGAUGUAAUGGUGAUGGCGAACAACUACUGUGAUAAUCUGUCUGCCGCCGAUGAAGCUGACGGCGAGGAUGAGGAGGAAGAAGAGGAGGAACAGUACGGGCAGCAGCGGGAUGGCCAUGAUCGCAUGUUGCUGGCUGUGGGCGAUGACGCUGGAUUGGAGGAGCAAGCAAUCGAUACGAUCGUGGAUCAGUACGGCAAUCAAUUGCAUCCGUCGGGCAUGAACCAUCUCAAUCACCAUGACGACGGCGUUAUGCACCAUCACCUUCAGCAAGGGUCGGAAGGGGAGGAGGAGGAGGAUGUAGAGGAGGCCAGCUUCGUUCUCGAUCAGAUGCAGCAGCUGCAGCAACAGUUUCAGAACCAACAUCCGCAGCAACAGCACCAUCACCACCAGGGACUACUGCAGAACCACCAGCAGUUGGUGACGUCUUCCGAUGGAACGCAGGUGCAUCUGUAUCCCGGUGCGGGAGGCAUGCUGCUGGACGGUGAUGGACUGGAUGGCGGCGCUAGCUGUGAAGGAGUGGAAGAAGAUCAGCCACAUCACUACCAGCAGCAGCAACUGUUGUUGAAGGAGGAGAAGAUGGAAGAUGAUCAGCAGUUGCAGCAACAGCAGCAUCUGCAUCACCAGCAAGUAUCAUCCGAUGGGCAGCACCACAUUCAGCAUCAGCAGCAGUAUACGAACAGUCAACAUAAUCAGCUGAUGGACAAGUAUAUCGACGAGAUGGACGGUGGUGCGAAUGACGCUGCCGGUUCUGCUGGUGCAUACGUUCUCGAUCCGAGCAGUGGCGAAGUGAUCAGAACAGAAAUUGUGGAACACAAUCACGAUCAAGCAGCGAUGACGUUGGAACAAAUGCGAGAUGAACAACAGGAUGGCUUAUUCGAGGGUGGCGAAACGUCAUCCAUGUUAGUUGAAGACGACGAAAACCAGUGUGUCCACGAGCUCGGUCCGAUCGUCGAAGUCGGGGAGGAUGCUGCUCAGCAACGAGUGGACGAAUCUGAUGACGAUGGGAAAGCAGUGAGUAGCGAUGAACGGGAACGGCAAACAAUGGAUCUGAUGAACGAGAGCUUAGACGAGAACGACGAUGAAGGCGAGGGCGGCGACCACGAGGGUGCCUCCAAACAACGAACCAACGUUUAUCAGCACAAUAUGGGCUCAUUGGUGGCAGCGGUAUCUGGCGCUUUGAAUGUAACGACACCGGCGCCGAUCGUUAGCUCAUUUUCACCCUCGAUCACCAACAUGCCCGUGCUGGCGGCGAAACGGACCACCAUUCUGGUGGUGGAAGACUGUAUCGCAACGAAUGGGCUGCAUGCGUCAUACGAGCCGGCACGAUUCUCCCGGAGACGCUCACUGAACGGUGUAGAGAGUGUGCUGUCGCCCUCGUUAGGGAAACGGUGUGGCAACGAACUGUUUCUCGGUGGAAGCUCCUACAUACCGGCAGUAAAGGAUCAGCACGCUGGCAAUGAACAGAAGGCUGGUGGUGGCAGUCACACUGAUCGCGUCGAGGAAGUGCUUACAGUAGCACCCUCAUCCGCCGCCGGUGGUGAUUGGCCGCAGAUCAAAAUGAAGAUGAUGGAUUCAACGAAAAUGAUGGUGGUAGAUCAUCACCAGCUCGUCGAUGGCAAUAACAGUAUUAUCAUUUCGCCGAUGGGUACGCCCGGAACGACCACGAUGGUGUCCUCGCCCGGUGCAGCAGCAUUACAGCAGCAGCAACAGCAGCUCCAUACCACCCAGGCCAUUCAUCAGCAUCAGCAGCAGCAGCAGCAGCUAGCAGCAUCACAGCAACACAUCAUAUCGCAACAAUCCCCUACACCGAUCUCGAUGGCAACGACCGCAACGAUCGUGCAACAGCUUGCCAGCCAUAAUGCUCUUCAGCACGCACAGCAGCAGCAGCAGCAACAUCAACAACGUCAGCAGCAACAGUUGCACUCUCCCGUCACCAGUACCAACCCGACCGGUAUCAGUUUUUUAGCUCAUCAUGCCCCGCAGCAGCCCGCCGUACAAACCAUGACACCGGUGUCGACAGCGGCCGUGCUAAGCUCACCGCAACAUCCAGCAGCAGCGACAACACCGCAAGGGUUGAGCAUAUUUCAGCUAAAUCCUCAGCAACAGCAGCAGCAACACCACAGCCCGCAGUCGGUGCUAGGAUGCGGCAACAGUACGAUCCAGCUUACGUCAGAGAUUAAGGACGGUAUACGCAACAGUAUGAUAAAGGCAGAACCGGGCGUAAGCUACACCACGAUUCGGCAAGGCAAUCAGCUUCUGACGCGCAUCAAGCUGGAAAACGACGAUGGACAGCUUCAGCAACAGCAGCUCCAACAGCAGCAGUCUCCACAGCCGACGUUUCAAACGCAGCAGCAGCAGCAGCUGCCCAAAGUGAACGUGGUAACAUCGUCGCCGCUCAUUUCCCUUGGUCCCGGCGGUCCAGACAAUCUGGCACGCGUGAUAGAAAGUGUUGCCGGCAACUACUCCACUACCGUCGCUGUGGGUGGUCAGCAGCAGCAACAGCAGCUCGUGCAGCACCAGCAACAGCAGCCGCAGCAAUUGAUUCAGCAUGUUCAAACCGCCUCCGGACACCAGAUACGGUACGAGAUGGACCCGACGGUCAUCCAGCAGCAGCAAGCCACGACACCGCCCCAACCGCAGCACCUGAUCGCACAGCAGCAGCAGCAGCCAAAGUUCAUCAUAACUUCUCGGCCACUGGGCACGGCAGCCGCUGGUGCGAAGCUGCCCUUAACCGUGCAAGCGGCCAACGUGAUACCGCACAUGCAGAAUCCUCAGUUCAUCCAAACCCAGGACCAGCAGCUGCAGCUGGCGACCAGUCAGCCCACCGUGCCGACGCUACAGAAACCGAUCCAGCUGCAGAAAAUCAUCAUGGCCACGCCGGCGAUUGGCCAGCAGCAACAAGCGCAACCGAGGCCUCGAUUGCCCCUGCAGCGUACACAGUUUGGUGUGCAAGCAAUUCAACCGCAACAGCAGCAGCAGCAGCAACAACAGCCGCCCUCACAGCAGUUCCAACAGCAGCAGCAACAAGCAGUACCGAAAGCACCGCAACAAAUCGCACCAACACAGUCGCAGCAGCGCUUUCAGCAAAAGUACGUCACCAACCAACUGAUCCGUGGCCAGAACGCGUUUCUCAUGAACAAUGUGCAUCACCUGCAACAACAGCAGCAGCAGCAACAGGUGGCAGCAGCAGCAGCAGCCACUGUCGGCGCGAAUGUGAUCGUUGGUGCAACGGGCAACAACAGUCGAAGCAAGCGGACGACUGAAGCCGGCUCCGUCAGUGGAGCUGCUGCUGCCGGCAAUGGCACUGCCACGGGCAAUGGGAGCGCAAGCAGUGGUAGCAGCGGUAGCUCUGGCGGAUCAUCGUCUGGCGGUAGCAAGCGUGGUGGACGGUCGAGCAGCUCCCGGUUGCCGCCCGGUGCGGUAAAUCUCGAACGAAGCUACCAGAUCUGCCAGGCGGUGAUACAGAACAGCCCGAACAGGCAUCAGCUGAAGGCACAGCUCAAGUCACCGCAGGCGUUCCUGGCCGCAUCGAACUCCAACUCGAACAGCAGCAUCAGCAGCAUCGGUAGUACGGGCAGCAGCAGCAGUAGCAGCAGCAGCAGCAGCAGUGGCGUGUCUGCGAGCAGUAUUAUCGGCAACAAUACCAAAGAGGAUGCUAACAGCGGCAGCAACAGCAGCGGUGGCGGCAGUAACAGUGCCUUCGGUGGUGUGCUGGGCUUUGGAGGAAACAAGGUAAAGGUCUCGCGUCUGGUCAACUCAAAGCGUACCGUAUCGGCCGGGGCCCGGCAGCCGUCGCCCAUCGUAGUGCGUCAGGCGUAUGCGGGUGGAGCCGCCGGUGCUGCCACACCACCGUCAGUGGUGAAUGCUUCUGCCGCAGCCGGCCCCGCAAAUCAGUCAAAUCCAAUCAGUAUUAUCACAACCCCACAAUCGCAGCAGCAGCAACAGCAACAGCAACAGCUCCAUACGAUCGGCGAGCAGCUUCAGCAGCACGGUCAGCAGAUCAUUAGCGUGAGCGCUGCACCGACGAUCGUGCACGCAACUGCUGCUGCGAACAACAAUAAUGGGACGGUUGGUGGCAACGUAAAUGUUGGUGUAACUGCAGCAGCUGGCGCGACCCCUACCGGUGCAGCAGCAGCUGCGGGAACCUUUGGUGGCAAGUAUGUGCUAGUACAGCGUGCGGCACACAUCGGGGACAUCGUAACGCCGCGGGCGGCUAGCGCACCACCGACACACAAUCAGAUACAAAUUCACCAUGUUCCUGUAUCACCACAUGCACAUCAACAGCAGCAGCAGCAGCAGCAAUUGCACCAGCAAAUGUCCGCUGUGCAGCAGCAACAGCUAUCACAGCAGGUGGUGCAACAUCAACUGCAGCAACAACAGCAACACCAGUUCCAGCAGCAGCAGGGGCAACUGCAACAGAUAGCGGCCGGCGCGAAUGCCGUGGCACCCGCCAGCCUACAGGCGGCGAUCACCCGCCGAAUACCGUCCACCCACGGCUGUGGUCCUUCCUCUAAUAUCCCCCCUCCUGUACAGUGAUCACCUACGGUCAGGAUGACAGCGGCGGCACCGAAGCCGAAGACGCAACGGGCACGAAUAAUGCGAUCGUCUACAUGGAUAGCCCGAACGCAUUGAUCGGUGGAUUGCAACAUCAGCAGCAGCAGCAACAGCAGCAGGAACAACCGUUUCUGGACAGUUGCGGCAAUGGUCCCGGAGGCGCAAAUAGCAUUGUCGUCAUGAACGGUGGAGAUACAAUGGAGCCACCGGCUGGUGUAAAUGAAAUGAUGGAUGCUUCCCACUCAUCAGCCAACGAUGGGGCGGCGGCAGGUAUGCUAGUGUCCCCGUCGGACGUUUCGCCUCACUUCAACAAUCAAAUGAUCGUCGCCGGCCAUAUGGAGCUGCUGGACAGUGGAUACAUCAACAACGAUGCAGGUAAUCAUGUGGAAGCGAUCGAACCGCAGCAACAGCAGCAGCAACAACAGGAGCCGAUUUCCAGCACGGAACACGAUAUCGACACACUGAACUGCUGUUCCUCGCCGGCAGCGCUCGUGGAUGGUGGCGGUGGCAACGCAGCUGACAAUGGCGGCGGUGAAGAUCGGGACGGUAUGGGGGAACGGAACGACGGAACCAGGGAGGACUGUUCCUGUUCUCUCAAUGCGAUGGUGAUCUGUCAGCAGUGUGGUGCCUUCUGCCACGAUGACUGCGUCAGUGCAACGAAGCUAUGUGUGUCGUGUGUAGUACGCUAGGGAACCAUUUCCUCUUCUUUCUUUUUUGCACCAUUUUGUCUUCGUGGCAUGGUUGGAUUGGACCUUUUUGUUUGCACUAUAACGUGCGUUUCUAAUUUGAAUCUGUGUAUAGGCAGAGUUUUGUUUUUGGUACAGACAAUUGAAAUUUGGUUCAAGUUUUCUUACCAUAAGUUUAUUUAAUUUUACUGCUUCCGUACAAACGGGGUCGUGACGGCACCAAAACAAAUUUUGUGUGGUCGAAACAGCUCGUACUUUUUUUUUACAAAAUUAUAAUUAUGCAAUGAAUUGAAUGAAAUUUGUCGUUUUCCAACAUUUGGUUUGGAAUGAACUAUGAAUCUUUUUUUUUUUUUUGUACACGGUUAAUAGAUCGUACCAGGGUGUGAAGAGUGCAGAGAAAUUGGACUGCCGACGGUUCGGAAAUUGGACUAGAAAACAUUUAUGGAAUACACAUAUUUAGGCUAACGUCGUGUCCGUCAGAUGAUAAUUAACAUUCCCAGUCACGAAAGCAAGCAAAGAUUUCGCUGCAAUGCGCGCGGUUCUUGUACAUUUCUUCUCACUAGAGGGUUUAGUUUUCGGCGCGAGUACGUACGUGUGCUGUACGCGUACGGGCGCAACGGAUGCAUGUAUGAAUUUCAAAGAUUAUACGAAGCUAAUUCAAAGAGGGACUUGCGUUGUGUUUAAUUCUUUCGUAAUGUAUUUAUUGUUCUACCUUGUAUUGUGUACAUUUAGUUAUGGUCGUUUGUUCGCGUAGGGAAACACGCAUUUUAUCGUAAUGUGUAGCGUAACUUUUCUACAGAAAACUGGCACUUUUUGACUGGCUGAUAAUGUGAUCUAACAGGGAAACGCGCCCCGCACGUGAAGGGGUGGGGUAAGGGGAAGAUGAUACGCUAUGAUCGUUGAUAAAUCUCUCAGUUACUGUUUUUUGCAAAGUUAAUGCCACCUCCACCACCAAACUUGUUCCCCUUCUCCCACAACCAACCAACCUACCAUCCUACCACCACCCCCAUCCAUCACCCCCCACACUUGUAUGAUAGUAGGAAAAUUGUGUUUCCAUGUACAUUUAUAUCUCGAUUGAGCAACACACACAAACAAACAACACUCUCACAUCAUGAAUCUUUCGAGUUGGUGAGAAAAGGGUCGAGGUACGUUUGCGGGCGAUAAAGCGUUUGUUUAGCAUAAAAUUAAGGCUACGAUUAUUGUGGUGCGAAGAUCCACAGAAAGACAGAAGCAACAUGAAGGAGCAAAGGCCGGGGAGAAAAUAAAGAAAAGGUAACAAAAAAAAA